AUGUCAUCGUCAUUAAUAGAAAGAACUAGAAAUCUACAUGAAUCAAUAGAGAGAUACGAAUUGUUGAUUGUAGGUGAACAGGCAAACGAACCAAAGACUGUCAAAGAGUCAAUCAUUCAAAGUCAUAGAGUCAAUCACUAUUUAGAGAGUUCAAUAGAAUGUGCAAAGGAAUUGGGAAAGAUUUAUAAAGAUGAAGAUCAAACAAGAAAGAAUGAAAUAAGUGGUAUCACUGGAACAGGUAAUACAGUUUAUAGUAACUUUUAUGAGAAUCUUAGAGAGAUUAAAGAGUAUCAUCGAAAAUAUCCUAAUCUUCCUGUUGAAAAUCUUAAUACUACUUUAUAUUAUACUCCACAAAUAUCAUUCACUGGUAAUGAAUCAUAUGGUAGAUUCUUGGAUUUAAAUGAAAUCUAUAAUCAAUAUGUUAAUGUACCAAAGGUCAAUAGAAUCGAUUAUGUCAAAUAUCUUACUACCUUUACAUCAUUCUCUUAUGAUGAUAUUAAUAGAUUAGGUAUUCAAAAAUAUAAAUUAUAUAUAGAAUCAUUAUAUGAAUAUUUAAUAUCAUUUUUAAAGAAAACACAACCAUUAUUUGAUUUACAGAAAACAUUGUCUGAUAUGGACAAAGAGUUUGAAGAGAAAUGGUCAAAUCAAGAAUUUACAUCAAAGAAUGAUGGUGUAGUUGUUGCUGUUGAAAAUAAUAGUGAAAAUAAUAAUAAUGGUAAUGGUAUUGGUGGCGAUGAUGAUGAUAGUAAUGGUAAAGAACCAAAAGAUAAUGACAAGAAUGGUGAAGAGGAAACAACAAAGGAAGAAGAAAAGAAGAAAAAUGAUACAAAAACAACAACGAUCGUUUCAUUGGAUUGUAAAGCAUGUAAAAAAUCAUUUACAUCUCAAGGAGUAUUUAAUAGUCAUCUUAAAGGAAAGAGACAUAUAAUGCUUCAAGAAAUAUUGGAUAAGAAUUCAGAGACUAGUAAGAGUUCAUCUGGCAUGUUACCAUUCAAACCAAUUGUUCAAAAGGAAUUUUAUAUCUCUAAAUUUGGUGAUAUGUUGUCUGAUCAAAUCGAAGAUUCAAAAGAAAAUACUCUUAAAAAACAAUCAAGAACUUUAAAGGAAAUUGAGGAGGAUUUAUACGCAGAUGAAACAGUUUUGGAUGACGAUGAAAUGGAUGAAGAACCAUUGAAAUUAAGAAUUGCAAAUUAUCCAGUCGAUUGGAGUGGUAAGCCAAUUCCAUAUUGGGUAUACAAAUUAAAUGAGUUGGGUAUUGAAUAUAAAUGUGAAAUCUGUGGUAACCAAUCAUAUUGGGGAAGAAAAGCAUAUGAAAAACAUUUUACUGAAUCACGUCAUGCUUAUGGUAUGUCAUGUAUUGGAGUACCAAAUACAGUUCAUUUUAAUCAUAUUACAAAGAUCAAAGAUGCAAUAGAAUUGUAUAAAAAGAUUAAAGAUCAGAAUGCGACUGCUGCAUUCAAUGCCGAUCGUGAGGAAGAAUAUGAAGAUGAAAAUGGUGAUGUCAUGAACAAAAAGACAUAUGAAAUGAUGGUCAAACAAGAGAAAAUGUCCACAGAAGUAGCUGCAGAUUGGAGAACCACCAUCACCACAGGUGAGCGCCAAAAUAUGACUUACAGAGUAUAUGUAACCUGUCAAAAAAGAUACCCAAGUAAAUCGGCAGAUGAAUGUAAAGUUACUGCUGGUGAUCUUGAGAAUGGAGUAUACAAAGAUCCAAAGGUUGACACUAAACGUCUUUAUGUUGAAGGAAUCCAAGCUAUUGUAAAAGAAUUACAACAAGGUACUGCCUAA